AUGGAUGUAGCAUCCAGGGUUCAAAGACUCUUACGAAGUUCGUGGGAUGAGAGACUGAACACUUUGGAAGCUCUUAAAAGCUUGCAAAAGACGCUCAAGCGGUGGAACAGGAAAGUUUUUGGAGAUAUUCAGAAGCGUAAGGAGGGAUUAAUGCGGGAGAUAAAACUGGUUCAAGAUUCCCUGGAUCAUACACAAUCUGAUGAUCUUCUCAAUAAGGAGGAGGGCCUACUUAAGGAGUUUGAGGCUGUCUUGGAGCAGGAGGAGACGCUAUGGUUUCAGAAGUCAAGAGAGAAGUGGAUUGUGGAUGGGGACAGAAACACUACGUUCUUCCACACCUCUACCAUUAUACGUAGGAGAAGAAACAAAAUUGAGAUGCUGAAGGAUGAUACCGGUUGUUGGAUUUUGGAUGCGGGGGAACUUGAGAAGUUGGCUCUUGCGUACUAUCAACGGCUUUAUUCUUUAGAGGACUUAGAUGCAGUGGUCCCAGCUUUACCAAUGGAGAGAUUCAUUCCCUUGUCUUAUGAUGAGAAGAUCAGGUUAAACAAACCGUUUACGAAAGAAGAGGUGGAGAGUGCUGUCCGAAGCAUGGGAAGUUUUAAAGCCCCAGGCCCAUAUGGCUUUCAACCGGAAGCUAAUGACGCUAUUGUAGUACUCAUCCCAAAUGUGGGGAAGCCGGAGAAGAUCUCACAGUUUUGCCCUAUCAGUCUUUGUAAUGUUCUAUUCAACACCAUUACAAAGGUGAUGGUGGCGAGGCUGAAGGAGGUGAUGAUGAAGCUUAUAGGCCUUGAGCAGACUAGUUUUAUGUCGGGGCACCUUAUCACGGAUAAUACUGUGGUGUGUGUGACUGAUCCUUCCAUGUGCUUGCUGUGGAAUGGGGAAAGGACGGAGUCAUUUAAGCCACUUCGUGGGCUACGUCAAGGGGACCCCCUGUCACCAUAUCUUUUUAUGCUAUGUUUGGAACGCCUUUGCCACUUGAUUGAUACGUCUAUUCGGGAGAAGAAAUGGAAGCCAAUUAAGCUAUUAGUUUAUGGUCCGCGGUUAUCUCAUAUUUGCUUUGCUGAUGAUUUGAUACUGUUUGCUGAGACUUUUCUUGCUCAAAUCAAGGCUUAUAAGGGGAGUUCUGGAGAGAUUCUGUGUCGCCUCGGGUCAGAAGAGAGGGUUUCAUCUAAAUUAUCGGGUUGGAAGGGACGCUCUUUGAGCUUUGAUGGAAGGAUCACACUGACUAAAACGGUGCUUUCAUCAAUCCCUGUGCAUACAAUGAGUAUUAUCAAGCUACCACAAGCUACACUUGCGAAGCUAGAUAGCAUGUGUAAGUCUUUCUUAUGGGGGAGUACGGCGGAUAAGAAGAAGCAGCAUCUGCUUGCUUGGGACAGAGUGUGCUUACCUAAGGUGGGGGAUGGCCUUGGUUUGAAUCACGCAAAGGAGAUGAAUGUAGCUCUUUUGGCGAAAAUAGGAUGGAGAUUGCUUCAUGAUAAUACUAGUCUUUGGGCACGUGUGGUUCGGAGCAAAUACAAAGUUGGAAACAUUCAUGAUCGGAGCGGGAUGGUGGCUAAAGGGAACUGGUCCUCUACUUGGCGCAGUAUAGGGCUUGGUCUCAGAGAGCCUUUAGCGGAGGUGAGUAUAAGGGCGUUGUCAGUGGAACAGCAGAGCCUCUCUGUUCGGGAUUACUGGUCUGAUGAAAGAGGUUGGGAUUAUACGAACCUGAGUCCUUUUCUUCCCGAGGAGGUUCAACUCAGUCUCCCAUUGAUGGUUGUGGACACUGUUACCGGAGCUAGGGACCGUUUAGCGUGGGGGGACACGACUGAUGUCUCGGAGGUGGGAGUAUGGUAUACGACAUUUGCCAUUGCAGUUUGGUGGGGAUGGAAGUGGAGAUGUGGUAAUGUUUUUGGUGAUAAUAGAUUGUGCCGUGAUCGAAUUCGUUUCCUUAAAGACCUGUGGAAAGAGGUCUCUGCAGCCAAUAUGAGAAGGAUGGCACAGCGUAAUGUUGUGGAGAGGGUGGAGAGAAGGAUUAGUUGGGUUGCUCCGACAGUGGGUUGGUUCAAGAUAAACACUGAUGGAGCGUCUCACGGCAACAUUGGCCCUGCUACAACAGGAGGAGUGUUGCGAAAUUUUGCAGGUGAAUGGUGUGGAGGGUUUUCGCUUAACAUUGGUUGA